AUGACUCCCACCAAGCAGUCAAGGGACGCAUCCCCACCCAUUUCCGCGCAGCGUGGUACAGGGAGCCGUCCGACACCAACAAGUCAUAUUCGCAUUGCUCGGCCAUCGCGGUCGCUCGCCGCUGCCGAGCGCUUUUGGAAAGAUGGACUCGGCCUCCACGUGCUUUGGCGUGCACAGCCAGCCGAAGCGAUCGAAGGUGGCCAUGAACUGCUCAUGCUGGGCUGGCCCGAAGCUUCAUGGCACCUUGAGCUAGUGCAGCUGCAUGAUCGUGACGGUCCAGAUAUGCAGCCACACCCAACCGAGGAGGAUUUGCUGGUGAUAUACCUUGAUGGCCCUGUCGAUCCUGCUUUUGUGGAUGAAAUGGUCGCCGCUGGAGGAAAGAGAGUGGCAUCCCCGAACCCGUAUUGGAAUACAUGGGGUGUCACUCUUGAAGAUCCCGAUGGCUAUCGACUUGUGUUGUGUAAAAGACGGUGGAAAUAA